AACAUCCAAACAGCCAGCCAGCCACCAUGAAUUCCAAAGUGGGCUCGUUAGAGGAAAAAGUCAAACUGCCGCCUACGGAAACAAUUAGUCGCUGCUAUCAGCCGCAGGGCAAUCGUAAGGUCAUUCGCAUCUUAACGGUUGCCGUCUAUGUGCUGUGCGUUUCAUUGGCUGCCAUUAUGCUGUCGCUCUAUUAUAUAUUCAUAUGGGAUCCGACGAUACGCCCAUUUGUGACCAAAGGCAAUAAUUGUGACAAAAUUGUGAUACCCGAAAAAAUUGCCAUUCGCCUCAUCAAUUCAUCUGAAGUUACCGCCGAACAAUUCUACCGCCACAUCCUCGAACAGUAUCGCAUUCUCAAUCAGCUGCAACAGCAGCGCCAACAAUUUCUACAAAAGCAACACAUACAGCUGCAGCAGAUGGCAGCUGGUAAUAAAUUUCAGGAGAUUUUCGCCACAGCGACAAUAAUCCAAUCGAAUCCGAAGGAUCGUAUCAAUAAACCGGUAACACCAACCAAUGGCACAUUUUUGUUGGAUCCCGCACGACAACCUAUAGCACCGCCUCUUAUCGAACCGGAUCGCAUACCCCUAGGGAUUGAGGAGCAGGAGGCGGUAGAUUUAAGACCCGUUGAAACCCUACCCAUUUUAGACACGGCACCCGUCAUCUAUGGCAAACGUAAAUCACAUCGUAAACAUUAUCAACAUCAUCGUCGCAAUCAGAGAAAUCAUCAGAAAAAGGAAAUGCUAGAAGAAGGUCUUGGAGGAGGAGGAGGAGAAGUAGAAGUUGAAAAGGUAACCGAGGAGAAAUACAAAGAGGCCGCCCUCAAUCCACCCACAUCGAUUUUACAGGAACCCGUCUAUACCUCGAUACCCAUCCCAUUGAUUUUAAACUCCAAGGAGGAUAAGCGACCCUAUCACACGCAUGGCCACCAACAUGGCCAUGUGGAAAAGCGAACCAAGGCAUUGGCGAGAAAACGCAUAACAGCACCAUCGGUGUCGGGUUAUGAAACAAAAUCCUAUUUGAAUCCAUUUCUAAAUGGUGAAUUGAUAUUUGAAAAGUAA